UUUAUUUGGCUAGACAAUUAUUUGGUGCGACACCGGAGAGGUACCCAGUGCACGUGAGAUCGGCGGAGCAAUUGUGCCCCAAACACCUGAGUAUAUGUUUACAUUUUUCAACAAUCAGACCGUGGGGGGCACAGAAGAAUGAUGCAAAAGUGAAAGGAAACUUACGCUAUAGUCUAAACAUUCACCUUGCAUUUUUGUGUCGUUUAUUGACUCAUCAAUGAUUGGCCAUAAACUGCAGAUCCGUACCCAGCUUGGACAAGUAAAUAAACCACCUGGAAGUCUGAUUUAUUGUACGUACCCGGAACUAUUUUCAGUGUUUGCGGAUUUAUACCGCGGUGUUAUGUGGUACGCAGGUAACUCAUACCCAACACGUAGCAUACUGUAAUUGUUUUCCAUCGUCCAAGUUCGGGUACCAGGCUUGGUGCGUCGACAAGUCAACGGGAAUCCACCCUUAAAUGACCUGGUUGUGACUUCGUACUUGUUGAAGUGGGUCUGUGUCUUCCUCCUUCAAAACGUCUCAAAGGUGAAUACUCAAGACACGCUACAGGAUGGCAGGUCCGGCCCGCGAAGGAGUGUCAGUUGCCGACAUACGUCAUUUGGAUUUUCGAGCCACAUUACUGGGUAUCUCCGAUGAAUUGACCGACGAGGAAACGGCCAACUUGAAGUUAUUUUGUUCGCAUCUGAUUCCGAAAGGCCAGUUAGCGAAUCUCGGACGGGCAGCUGACGUUUUCGACAGGCUGAAACAAUUGGACAAAAUAGACCAGGAGAACUUGGGCUUUGUUAAAGAGAUCCUGGAGAGAAUGGGACGACAGGACCUGAUCAAAGACGUUCUGUGGCAGUUCGAGCAGCCUGGUCGAGAACUUCCAGAGAGAGUGUCAGAUGUCGACAGGCGUCAUUUUGAUUUCGUGCACGUAUUACUCCGUCUUUCGGAUGGAUUGACCGACGAGGAAACGGCAAACUUUAAGUACUUCUGUUUGGAUUUUGUUCCCAUUCCGGCGAGAGGCCAAUUAGCGCAGCUCCGACGGGCGAUUGAUGUUUUCUAUAAGCUGAGAGAACUGGACAAAAUGGACCAGGAGAACUUGGACUUAGUUGAAGAGAUCUUGGAGAGAAUGGGGCGACGGGACCUGAUCAGAAACGUUCUAAGGCCCUUCCAGCCACCUGAUAGAGAAAUUCCGGAGAACCCUGACCUCCAACCAGGAACAAGCGAUGGAAGUGUAAACACUGACGGAACUGCAGACGUAAUGUCCAAUAUUUACGUCGUCGUACAAGGCCAAGUGCGCAUGGUCCAGGAAUAUCUAGAUCGUCUUCGAAACAGCCUUGCGUCGCUGUGUCGCACCAGAAAGUCACAGCUCAUGUAUAGACGAUACAGGAGAGACAGGAGCGUCUUGGUGCACUUCUCCAUACCGCGGGAGAACACCGCGGUGCUGAGGCUCAUGGCGGAUUACUCAGACCCAAGACUUGUGUACAUGGGCAUCAAGUCGCUGCAAAUUGAUGCUGAACCACCCAUAACGAUCACACAGGAGGCGAUGUUGUUUGAUGUCAAGAGACAAUAUCCAGCAGAUGACAUCGACGUAGGAUGCAGUACUCGGAUGACGCUACAGAGGGCGCCUAGGAAUUGGACCCGCCUGUCUGCCUUGAACCUGUUCUCGGAUGCCCUGCCCCUCCAUUUGCAGGUAGCCGAGAGUCUGGAGUACCAGGGCUUCUCUUAUAGCCUGGUCCAGUCUAUGGUGCAGAGAGAUCAGCGUAGGGAGCACGAGUUGAGGCAGCUCGUACAGAACCUCCUCAAGAAGAUAGAGGGCAUAGAGGAGAAUUCCAACACGCUCAUGACCAUGCGCUCCAUGCUCAACAUCGAAGAGAACAGGUCAAAGGAUGCCCUUGAGACGAUCAGAGUUCUUGAAGAAAAGCUACAGCAGGCUCAAAAUUACGCAGAGAAAGCCGCCAAGCAGGUGUCAUCUCACGUGUACAGGGGGGAGAAACCACCGGGUGGGUGGCCGACACAGGUAGGCAAGGCAGCGACGAAGAAAGCAGAAACGAUGAAAGGAGUGAAAUCAGAAGCUCUUAACUUCAGGAGCCCUCGCGGCGUGCUCGUCCUGAUGUCACCUAGCAACGAGAUGUUUGUGAUUGAUAAAGUAAAUAAGCGAGUCCAAGUCCACAACACGGAGGGCGUUUAUCUCCGCAGCUUCCCAAUGGUCGUGCCAGAUACAGAUGAGAAGGCCAUGACGCCACAUGAUGUCUCUAUGGACGCAAACGGCACACUGUGGGUCGUGGGAGAGGGGAAAUUCGCUGACUACAUCGUACAAUACAGCAAGGUUGGGAGCGCCAUGGAGAAGUUUGAACUCCCAGAGACGUUGUAUCUUCGUGGGAUUGUGGUUGAUACGCGCAAUGACAACAUCCUGGUGACGGAGCCCGGUGGAGACAGUGGUGAGGUGCAAGUGAUCCGUCCAGACGGCUCUUUGGUGACGAGGUUCGGUCAUCCGGACAUGAGAGUGCCUGACUACAUCACCGUGAAUGAGGAAGGGAACAUCCUUGUGUCGGACUGGUCCACUCGAUCUCUCUACCUGUAUGACGAGUCCGGGAAGUUCCUGCGUACAGAAGUUUGGUGAUGAGGGAAGGACAGUGGACGCUUACCGCAGUAUCUGAACGGACAGCUUGGGAGACAUAAUCGUAUCGUACUACGAGGAACCGUGAUCGGCGUUACCAGUAAUGUAGUGUUUUCGGUCAAGUAACUGCAUGUAACUGGAACUAAAAGGCCACAUGGUUCUUACUAGUUUGACUGAUCAUACAGUGACUGUAUUUUCCAUGAGUUAUAUCACUUGGUUUACGUCCGUGGAAAUUGAGGUAUCGUGUUCUGUGUGUGUGUGUGUGUGUGUGUGUGUGUGUGUGUGUGUGUGUGUGUGUGUCUGUUUGCGUGUGUGUUUUCUUUUAUAUGCAGGUACAUUGGAAACAGGUACUCCAAGACUGGUAUGGUGGACGAUUGGUUAUUGAAAUUCGUUGGUGUCUUUUAUGAAAAAUUUAACAUGACGUAAAAGUUUUUGUUUUGUUUAAUAGGAACCCAUGUAUACAUGCUAGGACAUUAUCAGGAAGGUCGUUAUCAGGAGGUUUGUAAAUGUGACAAAUCCUACCAGUUUUUCUAAAUUGCUGAAGAAUAGGAUACGAUAUUGGGUGUAGUUUGGGCAGUCCAAAAAGUUAUGAUUGAUUCUUAAGUUUUCAAAAGGGGGGUGGCCACAGAUGCAACCCGGACUAGUUACUAGGUUACUAGUUAUACUUGUAACAUAACUUAUUUUCUUGACAAAUCCUGGAUUUGUUCGAGGUAGCUGUACUGUUGCUCCACAAGACGAUACGUGAUGUACCUUAUGAUAAUAAUGAUAAUCUUUAUUGCAUGUUCAUGCCCGUAGGCUAAAUGGACAAAUGGUUUAAUGGAUGAAAGGAAUAAAAAAGAAUAACAACUAAACUUAUACAGUAGUUUCAGCUAGACUAAUGGAGAAUGGUCUAAAAUAUCAUGUGUCUCUAUAGGAAACAUCAUAACUAUCGUUAAUCGCUACAUCAAUACAUCGAUCUAAUAUAUGUAUAUUCUCUCUUAUACUAGUUAUAGCUUUGGCGUUAAAAAUAAUUAAUUGGUAACGCGUUAUAUGCUUGCGUUAAUUCAUUACAAAGUUUAUUGAUAAAAUGAUCUUGAUAGUUAUUAUACUUGUGUCAUGUGGGCGUGGAAGAUGAUCAGUACAUCUUUAUCAAUAAACAUUGUUUACCGUCAAAACUAAUGUGUAAUUUGUUAAGUCAUUAACUCUGGGAAAGAAGUCAUUGACAUGAAAU